ACCAUUACAAAGAGUUUGGAGAACACUCCACUGGAUUUUCUGGCUGCAGCUUCACAGAUCAGCGUCGGACACAGAUCCCUGUCAAUCUCCGGCGUGUGUACGUGUGAUGCUCGUCUAUAGAGCGAGAGGACGCGCCUCCGCUGCCCCCUCCCUCCCUCCCUCGCUCGGCGUGUUGCAGCCUGCGAGGGCAGGACAUGAAUCAGUGCACUAUGGGCCCAGAUCACAGAUGCGAGGGGGGAAAAAAGAAGAGACGCCGUGGGAGACGGACGGAGCGGUAGAGCAACACCAGGGGGAUAUUUGAAUCUGACACACACCGCGGAGAAGGAACGACACCCCGUCCUAGAAGAAGAGGAUCACAGUCGGGACCGAGCAUGACCAACUUCAGUCAGACUGUCUCAUCUUCCACUGUGAACAACACGAACCCCGAGGACGACAGCGUUGUGAGCAAUGACUUCUCCACGGCCUCCGGCGCCCUCAUCCUCGGCCUGGUCUUCCUCCUGGGCGUCCCCGGCAACUUCUUCAUCGUCUGGAGCAUCCUGGCUCGCAUCCGGCGACGCUCGGUCACCACCAUCCUCAUCCUCAACCUGGCGUGCGCCGACGGCUUCCUCAUGAUCCUCACCCUCUUCUUCGUCGUCUACCUGGCCAAGCAGACGUGGGUCUUCGGCGACGCCAUGUGCAAAGGCCUGUUCUACCUGUGCAACGUCAACAUGUACGCGUCCAUCUUCCUGAUCACGCUGAUGAGCGUGCACCGGCUGGUGGCGGUCGUGUUCCCCAGGAGACUGUCGUCCCUCGGGAGCAGGAGGAUCGUGCGGAGGGUGAUCGUUGGCACGUGGGCGCUGGUGAUGGUCAUCUCGAUCCCCUCGCUAGUGUUUCGCGACGUGAGAAUAGACAGCGACGAAAGGAAUAAGAUGAGACUGGUGUGUGCGCCCAAUCACACUCUUCCUCGCCAUGUACAGUUUCAGUACGCCUUCGAGACAGUGGCGGGAUUCAUCGUCCCUUACGCAAUCAUCAUAACCAGCUACGUGCUCAUCCUGCGGCGCCUCAGGCAGACCAAGUUCCGGCGAACCAUCCGCAGCGAGAAGCUCAUCCUGGCCAUCGUGGUGAUGUUCGGCGCCUUCUGGCUGCCGUACCACGUCGUCAACAUGGUGCAGGUCGCAGCUGAGUUGUACCCGGUGGAUUCAACCAAGAGAGAUAUGUUGGACCACAUCUCCAAGUCCAGUCGUGCGGUCACAUCAGCGCUGGCCUUCAUCAGCAGCUGCGCCAAUCCCAUCCUCUACACCUUCGCGGGGAAGUCCUACAUCAGGAAGAACGGAUUCGCCUUCAUGGCCAAGCUCUUUGAGGGAAUAUCCUCCGACCAGUCGGGGAACAAAAAGAGUCGCUCCGCGGGGAAAGACUCGGUGGAAACCGGCAAUCUCAACUCCACAAACAGCGCGGGUGGUCACUCUGUGCAGAACGGGAGAUGAGGCCGACGACGUGCACAACUACGCCAGGCGGGUGGGAUUUUGGUUAAAGCAGCAUUUGAGCCGGACUUUGUGUUCAAAGAAAAAUAGACAAAACCAAAUCACUUGUUGAAACUUAAGUUUGACAGGAAGAAAUUAUUUGUUAGUAUGCCUGACCUGUAAAUACUUUUUGUUUUGUUUGACAGGGAAUGACACAUGAAAAAGGGAUAAAAGAUGUUCAGUACAGUAAUGUAAUUUUCUUGGGGAGAAAAUGCACUGAGAAAAACUCAAGUUCUUGUAAAAACUUCCCUCAAAAUGAGCAUUUAGUUUAUGCUAAAACAAAUUCAUAAAUGGUAGUAACACUUGUUUUAGGCAGCUACAAUAUUUUUGGUACAGAAGUUGACCACAAAUAUAACUUUUAACAUUAAAACUGUUUAUCUAUAUUAUAAUCUAUGUUUAUACAGCAGCCACCAAUUAUAACCAGAAGCUAUAAUUGUAGACAAACAAAUACGAUAUUCUUGAUAUAAAACCAUAAAUUGGCCCUUUAGAUAAAUGAAAGGAUUUCUUAAGAGCCUGAUUGUAGCUCAGUGGAGAGAUUUACUGUACAUCUUCAAAUCACACCAAAUACAUCAGUAUGAUGAUAAAUAACAUGUUUCCUCCUUAUGGAGAACUCAAAAAUAUGAAUGUAAAAUACACAAUUUUCUCUUUGAAAUCUCUGAAGUUGGACUCUGCGUUGUUGUUAAAGCCUUGAACCAACUUUACGGACAUAAGCCGUCAGUUCUCUACAUAGACUGGUAGUGUCAAAUAUGAAAACCCUACACGGAAACUAAAGGACGAGACGCCUCAUCCCAUUUUUAAAAAAUUGAUUGUAUUUGUCAACUCAACGAGAUGCAGCUUGUCAUUUAACGUUUUGAUUUUGUCACUUAAAGCAGGUUUUUCCCCAUGACAAUUGUAAACAGUAUUUUUCGCUGAUGUACAUAUAGAUAUACAUAUAUCAUGUUUCAGUCAAUUCUAAAACUGUUAUGCACUAACAUAUUGCAUUUUAAGCAAUGUACUGAGAUUUUUUUUAUACUGCUAUUUUUUGAGAAGUUGA